AUGUCGCUGUACACGGAAAACCGCUCUGCCUACGGUAGGCCGCUCAACUCCAGUAUAAUGGCAACUAUGAAUGGGCUCAAUCGAAGUGAAUCUGUGCCGAUCACCGUCAUCAAACAGAAGGAUAUGGAGGUAGAAGUUUUAAAUGAGAAUGGACACCAGCGUACACAAAGUUUUCACAUUGCCACACAGCCAAAUGGCAAAGAAUCAAAUCAAACUGUAUAUCUGUAUGCUAGUCAGUUGUACGCUAGUUUAAAACCCAAGAUUAAAUCAGAGAGACUAUCGGACAAUGAUAAUUGGUGUCAGGGCGCUGUACCACCUCAAAUACCACCACACGAAGAAAAAUACCGAAGGCUUGUCUAUGACUUGGCAUUUGCUACCCUAAAAUAUCAAGCCCUCCUGGAAGACAUUCUCCUUGACAGCGGUUACUAUUCUUCCUAUAGUACGCCUGAUGAAAACCAUGCACUUACAAUGGUUAUUUUACAAGAUAUGCAGGAUAGGCGGUUUAGGAAAAGGUACAAGAAAGUUGGGGAGACACUAAUAGAACAUGUCAACGAAGUAGAAGAGGAUUUAAAUUCUUAUAAAACAAAAUUCAAUGCAGCCCUGGCGAGGAACAGAAUUAAGUUUAAAGCUCCCAGCAUUGAGUACUUGUUACCGGAGCAAGUGAGACAGAGGGAAACAAAAGCUGUAGAUCUGCCAGUAUAUGCUUGGGUGAACCAAAUAAAAACAAGUACGCAAACAGUGAUUGAAACACUGAAAGAGGAAGGUUUCUAUCAAGUGAUGUCAGAUGACAAACUUUCAAGUACAACGUUCUACCUGGACACGCAGUGUAAGAAUAUUAUUGUGUUUCAUCCUGAUCUGAGACUGGAACUAGAAAGCCACGAACUUGUACAAGACUUUCAUCUCAUACUACAGGAUAAAGCAAGUUGUUUUGGUCCGCAUUCAGUCAAGGCUUUACUAAACGAAGGUGAUGAUAUCAUCCAUACACACGUUGGAUCCGGUAAAAUAACCGCUCAUCUAUCAUCACUUACCAAUCAAGAUAGCAGUACAGUGUUUGCAUUUGGUAUCAAUAGUCCAUCUCAUCACAAUGCGAUUAGGGAAAAAAUGGAAAGUUUUGGUGCUAAAAAUGUACGAGGAGUUGAAGAAAACUUUUUAGAUGUUCUUCCUACAGACAUUAGGUUUAAGAAUGUCAAAGUGGUGUUGUUAACACCGCCUUGUUCACAUUCCGGCAUUACAAAUCCAGUGGAUUACAUAUUACAUGAUGGUGAAGACACAAGUAUAUUACAAGACUUAUCUAAAGAUGAGAUAGAUCAGGAUAAAGUUGAUGAGCUCAUAAAUUUACAAAUGGAUUACCUCAAACAUGCAGUAAAAUUUUCCAAAGUUCAAGCCGUUGUUUACUGUACACAUUCUACUAGUCCACAUGAAAAUGAGAAUGUUGUGACUAAAGUGUCUGACUAUACAAAUGCCAGACUCACACUUAAACAGAUGCCAUGGAGGAUUACCCCACCCACACUGCCAAUACCACCAUCAGAUGUAGACACAUAUGGAAAACAGAGAUACUUCAAAACCGAGCCCUCAUCAAAGAUCAGUGGUUGUUUUGUGUGUGUAAUAACUAGAGAGGCUACAGCAGAUGACCAACUUACUGCAGCAGAUAUCAUAGCUAGAGCUAAAGCCAAAGGUUUAAUGGGACUUGACGGUGAGAAAAUAGAUACUGAAGAUGAAGAGCCCAUCGCAGAAAUUGGUAAACGCAAGAAGAAGGGUGGACAACGUAGUCCAAGAUCCAAAUCUACUUCCUCAAUACGACGAGUCUUCCCCAAGGGCAAAAUUUCGCCACCUGGACGAGCUUUGAGAGUAUCUCCGACCCGAUCACAACGUAAGGUUGGUAGGAGUAAAACAACACUGAUACCCAAUACCAGCUCGGAUGAAGACUUCAGAACAAUCAAGACUGUCACAAGGAAGCCUCGUACAGCAACCCACACCGCCAUCUCCACAUCCACCAUUACCAUUCGACCAAAGGAAAGAAUUGGAUUGAAAUUUCAACAGUUCUCAUGGCAAAAAUUUUAA